UGUAUUAUUAGAAUUAUUCAAUUUUGAAUAUAUAAUCAUUUGUUAACCUUAAAAGGUCUGUUAAAUCGUUAUUAAACCUUCACCAUUGGAAUAAGCAAUCCUAACCAGUGUAACGACCCCACAACAUAAUAACUUUACUGCUCGAGUUAUUAUUUGUUUAGAAUUAAUAGUUGCGAGGCUUUAUUCACGACGCGUAUUAUAUUCCAACGAUACGAUUCAAUCCUUACCUAACCUUCCCAACGGUUACCCUUUACUGCGAGAUACUGAUCCUACGGUUACCCUUAAUUGGGAGAUACCAAUUCCCAGCAGCUAUCUGGUUUCGCGUCAGAGUCGUCUGCGAUUUCUACUCCAUCUCAAUCUUUGGAUCCAUUGAAAUAAACAGGACUAAUCGUAUCUUCUUCGAUUCUUGAAUUCAACCCAAUCACAGGGGUCACACGCGCGUCGCUAUCGCCCUGGCUCGUAACAAGCCAAAGAAGCUAGCCAAAUGGAAAGCGAUGAUACUUACAAGAUUCCUUUUACGGAUCUUAAGGAAAGAUUUAAGGAAGAUAUGUGGAUAGGAACAAACAAGGUCAUAGAAAAUAGCCUAAUAUCCAAGGGUAGAGCCUACUUCAAUUACUAUCAUGAACCAAGGAAAAAACCAUGAUUCUAUAAGCUAGACUUAUCAAGAGAAAUGAUAGUGAGAUUUACGAGACUUAGGAGCGGACACUAUAAUACCAAAGAAAACCUAACAGGUAUUGGGUAUAUCGACGACCCAAGUUGUGAAUGUUUGUACCCAAGCCAAAGUGUCAACCAUCUACUAUGGGAUUGUCCAUUGUAUUAUAAGCAGAGAGAGGAGAUGUUGAGGAAAUUAAAAGAUUUGAAAUGGGCUCCCCCCUAUAAUAUAAGUAUAUUCCUUAAAAGUCUUAAUAUCAGUGCACUUGGAAUAAUUAAUGACUUUUGUAAUAAGUGUGAUAUUAAGUUGUAAGAAAUGACAAAAAGGUUGAGAUUAGUUAUAGACAAUCUAGGACAUAAGUUUUAUAUCUUUAAUUUGUAAGCCAACAUGUAUCUAUGGGCCAAUAAUGGCCUAAAAUGAUUUUAAUAAAAAAAAAAAAAAUGUAUAGUUUCUUCUCAACAACAUGUACUGUAUACUUCUUCCUUGAGGGAUUCUGAAUCAAUGCUCAGCGUAGUAAGUAGUAGUAUUCUGUUCCGCGCUCCGUAUUACGUUUGUGCAGUGCGGUCACACUUCACCAUCGCACGUGCGUAUACAAAUAGAAGCUAGGUUGGGGGACCCUCGGCGCCGCUGCGGCGCCUCGUUGAGUUGAUCCGCGCUAUCAAGAAUUUGGAAAACUUUAACAAUUUUUUACGCGAAAAUGGUUCUCCGGCAUGUGGCUCCUUUGAAGCUUUUUACGUACUCCUCGAGUAGAAUUGUUUAAAAUUCAAAAAAACUUUGACCUUAAAUUUCGAGGUCAUAAUGGAUUUUGCGGACGGAUUUUUUGGCAAAUGUCCACCGAUCCAGAUGUGUACAAUAACUCCUGAAAGUGGUGACCAAUAAUUUUUAUAUACACCCUGUACACCCUGAUUUCAUUUAUAAAAAUAAAGAAGUUUAAUACAAAUUACUUUUUGAGUUGAUACUAAUUGAAUAUAAAAACUGAUACCUACAUAUCCUGAAAAAUCCAUUAUUAAUGUUUCCUAUUUCCCAUAAAUAUUUUAACAGAAACGUUUAAAAAAUAUUCGGAUAAUGUGAAAUUUAUGUUUAGAAGAUGCGUAUUGAAUAUUCGGGCAAUGUUGAAUAAAUCUUGAAAAUUAAGAGAUUCAAAAAAAAAUUAUAUCAAAUUUUAUAUUGUGUUUCAUUUCUUCAUAGAUUUUACUUUUAUUACUUUAUUUCUUGUGAUUGGAUUCAAUUAAAACAAGUUAUUUUAAUUUUUUUUACCUCGGUGGGAAUUUGAAUAUCAGAUGAAUAUAUAUUUUAUAUUCGUAAAAAAAUAUUUUGUUAUGAAUAUCAAAUAAAUAUGUAUUUGAUAUUAGGAGGGGGGAGAGGAAGAAGAGACAAGGAGGUCGAAGGACAAGAAGAUAAAUAGUGAGGGAAGGAGACUAUGCCAAUUUCUGGGAGAGCUAUGAUGGGGGAUAAUGAACGGAGAUGUGACAGGGGAUGAAGAGGGCGAAUUCACGUAUACAGGGAAUGGAGAGUCAGUGAUAGAUUAUGUGCUAGGAAAUGAAGAAACGAGAGUAAGAACGGUAAGGUUGGUAGUAGAGGAGAAAGUGGAAUCGGACCACCAACCAGUGGUAGUAUGGAUAGAGGGAGGAAAAGGGGAAGAUGGGAAAAGAUGGAGAAGGAAGAAAGGGGGGAAAGGGAAAAAGGGGUGGUGGAUAGAAGACAGAAGGAAGGAAUUUGGGGAAGGGUUUGUAGGGCAAGAAGGAAGGGGAAAAGAGGUAGAAGAGGUGUGGGGAGAAUUAAAAAGGGAGGUAUUACAGGUGUUAGAAAAGAUGGAGAAGAACUAUAAUAGGAAGGAAGGAAGAGAUGCGUGGGAUGAGGAAUGGAAGAAGAAAAAGAAUAUAGCGGAAGAGGAAUUGAAAAAAUGGAAAAGGGAAGGAGGAAGUGGGGAAAGCUUUAGGAAGGCAAGAGGCGAGUUAGGUAAAAUGAGUAGAGAAAAGAAGAGUAGAGAAAAAGAGUGGUGGGAGAAGGAGAUAGAGGGGAUAAGAACAGAGGGAGAGGUAUGGAAGAUUGUCAAUAGGGGAAGAAAGCGGAGGAAAGGAGUGAAUACAGAAAUAGAGAUUGAGGCUUGGGACGAAUAUUUUAGAGAGAGGAGAGAGGAGGGAGGAUGAAGAGGAGGAAGUAAGUAGAGAGGAAGUUUGGGCGGUAGUAAAAAAGUUAAAAGAGGGGAAAGCAACAGGAGGUGACGGAAUCCCAAACGAAGUAUGGAAGUAUGGAGGGGAAGUAGUAAGGGCAAGAUUAUGGGAAAUCUGUAACUGGGUGUGGAGAGGGAAAGGCUGGCCACAAGACUAGUCGGAAGGAGUGGUAGUGCCAGUGUUAAAGAAAGGAGAUGGGACAAGAGUGAAGGAGUACAGAGGGGUGACGCUUACGCAGACGGCGUACAAGGUGUAUGCGGGGGUGUUGGCGGAGAGGCUAAGGAAAGAGAUAGAGGGAAGAGGGAUUCUACCACCGAAUCAGACAGG